AUGCGGUCUUUCGCUCUAGCCGCUCUGCCACGAGCUCGCGGCGCCAGCAAAGCUGCCUUAACCUCAACGACGGCAUCCAUACAACUGCUAUCUACACGAAGAACAUUCUCCUCCCUCCCCACGCUCCGCCCCACACUCCACGCCUCCCCCGGAUCCGUCUUCCGGUCCCCCUGCAGCUCCAACAACCUCCUCCUCCAAUCCUUCGCCCCCCAACCCAGCGCCGGAGCAACAGCAGACCUCGUCCCCAAGACCUCGCUAACCGCGCACCCCUGGCUCUCCGGCGCAGCCCAGGUGCGCUUCGGCCCGCGGCCGACGAUGGCUAGGACGAGUCGCUUGGUGCGCAAGCGGCGUCACGGGUUCCUCAGCCGCGUGCGCUCGCACAACGGCCGCAAGACCCUGCAGCGGCGCCGGGAGAAGAAGAGGUCUACGCUGUCGAACUAG